ACAAAACAGCCUGUCCGCUCAUCACAAGCUCAGCUGACGCGGCGCGGACGGAGAGCUGGCGGGCCCCGGGAAGAGAGGGCGCUGCUGGCAUGGAGCAGAGGUGAGAGUUAAUCCACGGUUGGCCAGUCACACUCCUGUGCAGCAUGCUCUGCAGUGCUCUAACACCAUGGUAAGCCCACUCCUACCAGAGACUCUGCUACAACAGCUGUCUGUCCAUCACUAUAGUGAGAGAGAACUCCUGCCCCUUGAAUCUGUUGCCAUGGUGACCCUGUAGAGAGAACCACAGAUCUCCAAUCUGUUGCCAUGGUGAUCUCAUAGAGGGAUCCGGGCAACUAUUUCAACCUGCUGCCAUGGUGACCCUGUAGCAAGGAACCACCCUUGGAACACUGCUCGGUCGCCAUGGGAACAUCCCGGCUGUUCCGCAUCUUCUUGGUCCUGGGCUCGGCCUUCAUGAUCCUCCUGAUCAUCAUCUACUGGGACGACGUCGGGGCCUCACAUCUCUAUUUGCACACCCCUGUCUCACCUGGCCCCAAAACCCCCCACACCCCUCUGCAGCAACAGCCCCAGACCUCCCGAACCCCGUCCUUCCUGUCCGAUAUCGAUGCCUUCGUCAACCAGUUCCUAGAGCCAGGGACUGGCGACCCAACGGAUCCCGCCCCCGCUGAAACAACUAACCAAUCAGAGCGAGCAGAAGAGCGGUACAUACCGCGGCGAGAGUGGAAGAUCCAUCUGGCGCCAGUGGCAGCAGAGCUCCGGGAGAGACAGGAGCAGCGGCGGAAGUUGGUUCAGGAGAUGUGCACCAACGACGCCGUGACGUUUCCUGGGAAGAACCGCUCAUUUGAUGACAUUCCUAACAAGGAGCUGGAUCACCUCAUAGUGGAUGACAGGCAUGGCAUUAUCUACUGCUAUGUUCCUAAGGUGGCGUGCAGUAACUGGAAGCGGAUCAUGAUAGUUCUGAGUGAGAGCCUGCUGCAGGAUGGUGUCCCCUACAGGGACCCGCUUGCGAUCCCCAGGGACCUUGUCCACAACAGCAGCAUGCACUUUACCUUUAACAAGUUCUGGAAACGUUACGGCAAGUUUUCACGGCAUCUCAUGAAGGUGAAGCUGAAGAAGUACACCAAGUUCCUCUUUGUACGGGACCCCUUCGUGCGCCUCAUCUCUGCCUACCGCAACAAAUUUGAGCUGCGAAAUGAGGACUUCUACCGCCGCUUUGCACAGCUCAUGCUGCGCCGCUAUGCCAACCAGCCGACACCUCCUGCCUCUGUGGACGAGGCGUUUGCUGUGGGGCUCCAUCCUUCCUUCUCCCAUUUCAUCCAGUAUCUGCUGGACCCUCAGACAGAGAAGGAAAUGCCCUUUAAUGAGCACUGGCGGCAGGUUUACCGGCUUUGCCAUCCGUGCCAGAUUCAGUAUGACUUUGUGGGCCACCUGGAGACAGUGGAGGAGGAUGCAGAGCACCUGCUGCGCCAGCUGCGGGUGGACAAUGUGGUGGAGUUCCCCACCUCCCAUAGGAACCUUACAGCCAGCAGCUGGGAGGCUGAUUGGUUCAGCACAGUGCCGCUAGAGGCCCGGAGGGAACUCUACAAGCUGUAUGAGCCCGACUUCAGGCUCUUUGGCUAUGAUAGACCGGACUCAAUCCUCAAUGAGUGACACGCAUUCCUAGAGAAAUUACACACCUACUCAGAUACAAAUUACUUGUAUGUAAUUUUUAAAAAGCCGCACUCCAACAACAGAGACAUCUCUCCUUGUUCUGGGCUUGGCAGAGGUGAUCUCCAGUUUCAUCUAGACUACACUGAAUGUACAAAACAUUCGGGACAGUUAUUCUUUCAUGAAGUACAGAUAAAUAAGUCAUAGACUUAUUUAGUCUAUGAAUCUCAACAGUGGAUAUUUAGAGAAGUUGAAUCAGAUGAGUUAGAUAUGGAUUUUUAAGCUUUGAGACAAUUAAAAUAUGGCUUGUGCAAAAGGGACUCCAGCUCAAUAUGAAGAGAGUGUCCUUGAUAUUUUCUAUAUUCAGUGUAGUCUUUAACUGGAAACUCUAUUCUGAGGAUCUGCACUCCCAACUCUGAUGUCGUGCAAUGCCUGAACCAAGCCUGUUAUUUGUGAGGUCACAGUUCUAUUGUGACUAAGUGUGAUACCACACAGGCUUCGUAGCUGGUUGUUCUAAAGAAACGUUGCCAUUGUGAUGUUACAGAGCCUUUUCCUGUCUGUGACACCACAGAACCAUUGUAGCCGUAUGUAAUGUCAAAAUAGAACCCCUUGCGGUUGUGAUGUCAUAUAACUUAGAUGAUUGCGAUGCCACUUCUUUGCAGUGGACAGAAUCUAGAGGCGGGUUUUGGUAACUUGGGGUGUUAGUUUAAACAGUGUUAGUGCAUUAGUUUUAAGAGGUAGUUGCACUAGAGAGGUAGUUUUCAGCUAACUUAUUUUGAUUCUCACUUUGUCAGUGCAAUUUUUAUGUUAAGCAUGAAAGGGACUUUAUGUUGAAUACAUGUUGAACAUACACACAAAAGACAGCUGUCAACAUCUGAAACAUUCUUUUAUACCUCAUACUUGGAUUAAGACGUUGCUUUCCAGUUGCACAUCUUAUGCUGGUCUUCCAAAACACUGGAAGAGCAGCAUAACAUGCUACUCUUCCACCUACAGCAUAUGAACUCCCACUCUCUCCACAACAAACCCUUCUACCUUUUUUUGGACCUCGGUACAUUGUUACAGCAUGGUUAUGUUUAUUAUGCUAUAUGAGUACAGUAAUUUUUCAAUGAAUUUUAGCAGCUCGCUUUAUUUCAUCAGUUUCCAAAGCAUGCAGUUAGUGCAGCACCAUAGCCUCAAGAUAUAACUACGUAGGUCUAUAAUUAAGAAAGAAUAGAAUUAGCAAGGAAUAGAUUAGAUGAAUUGUCAGGAAUUAACUUAAGCACAACAGCUCCAGUGAAGACUAGACUGAAUAGCUGUAUUUGUCUGAACAUGUCUUUGAGACAGAACUGUGGAGUUUCAACAUUCUUUUGACUUCAUUGCCACGUGCACAGAUGAGCCCUCCUCAAGCCUCCGUAUAUUUUGAUGGGCAGUUUUCCAAAGGGAACGUUUUAUAUUUCAUUCUCUGUUUGUCCACUACCAUGACAGUGUUAUCUUCAGGGUUAUCCUUUGUUGCAGUGUUCCAGUCCAGAUAUCAUGGUUACCAUCAUGACAGCCUUCAUGCAGAAAGUACAGUUCUUAUCAGUGUACUGAUUUGGGUAACCAUGGGGAUCACAACAGUGUUCUUGUUCCCCACCCUGCAUGUCAUGGGACAGUUUUCCAGAAUGCAGUGUUUUCAUAAUGUGAUUCAGUAUUUUGUAGCAAUGAAGUGAGCACAUUACAUGAAGCCUGGGAAUAGAGUGUAAGUGUAUAUUUAAGUGAUUGUGUACAACACUGCGCUGUUUGUUGGAAUACAUCACUCCACUUGGAUUGUCUGAAAUUAUGGCAACGCUAGCACAGGAGGGGCAAUUGUACAAUUGUAGCAAGAUCAAGUCCAGGUCAGCAUAUUGUCUGAGUUAGCCAAAUUUUGGUUAGGUCAAAGUUAGAAUUUGGAUUAGUCACAUCAUGAUCUGGACAUGAUUACAAUCAGAAUUUGAUUCAAGAGUCAUGAUUUUGUCAUGAGUCAUGAGUGUUAAGAGUGGGAAGAUAAGUUAGUGCCUUUGGUUGCUCUGGAGACAAAGUUUACACAGCAAAAAAUAAGUAUUUUUGUAAGAUGACUUAAUUUUUACUUUGAACGCCGUACAGUGUCACCUGUAUGAAACCACAUCAAAGUAUGCUUGAUAUGCUAUCUAUUCAAAUUGGCCUCAUUUACCUUGUGUGAAUGUUAUAUGGGAACAACAGGGAACAACAGAGCCCUUCAGUAGAAAUGUCUAUGUGCGGCUCUCUGGGGAACAUUGUAUGAUCCAAGCUUCUCUGUGGACUCUUUACAUGUGCUUUUUAAAGGGGUUGUGUCCAGUGGAUUGCUCUGUGUACCUUGCCUAUGAUUUGCAAUUUGAUACCAUGCACACCGAUUGUGUGGUUUGUACUGUAUGUGAUGCCAUGGACUAGAUCUGUGCCACGCUGUUCUGUAAGUCACCAAGAUGUACAUGUAUGCGCCGUGUACUCAGUGUUGUUUCAUCGCCUUUUGGUUUGUUUUAUUUGUUUUGGAUAGGUAUGUGUCAUUUUGUCAGAGAUAAAAUGAGUAGUUUUAUGUGAAAUUGAGUUUUGGCCCCUUAAUAGAUUGCUGGGUAGCCUGGACUUACACAGUUGCUGGCUGGUUUCCCCAGUGUACGUCAUCACUUGGGUUUAUUUUGCUAUGUAGGUCUGUAGAUGCACAUGAAAAAAGCAGGGCUAUGGAGAGACAGAAUUGCAGUAAAAACAGUUGUCCCCACCACCAAACCAGUGUUUUUGGAUUGUCAGUCAAAAAUAUUUUAACAUCUAUUUUGCAUUAAUGUCUACAGAUUAAUAGGCCAGCAACACAUUUUAAGACAUUAAACUGUGUUUUUGCAUUUGAAAGACUGUAAAAUUCCUUUUCGCCUGCUGAUAUGUGAUACAGACAAGAUUUUUUUUAAAUUUAAAAACAGACGAGCUACUCUGCUACCAGAGUUGUCACUUAAGGGCCAAGCUGCAGUGCCAUAAGCUGUCCAAACUGACUGAAAGCCUAACCUUCACCCUUUAACCUUAUUGUAUACAGAUUGUUAAAUUGUGAUACAAACUGUAUCUGAACCAAAUUUAGUGAUUGAUGAUUUUCAGAGAAAUUGUUGUUUUUUUUUUUUGUUUUUUUUUUUUGGUUAGGUUAGUAAGUAACGACUGAUUCCCAACCUAGGACAGGUCGUGUGUUAGGAAAAGAAAUGGGACAUUUAUUAGAAUCUGCUGUUUCAAGCGGCUGUGUCUCCUCUCAUACAACAAAGGUGGCACAAAGUACCAGACUGUUGUUGCUUUGCAGGACGAUUGCUUGAUAAAAUAAGGGAUUUAUUUUAUUGCAGUAUCACAUUUCAUCAUGAUUAUGGUGUAAUGCUUCAUUUGGUGGUUGCACAAGAGAAAUAAAGGCUGUGGGGCAUGAUGGAA